GGCGGAAGCGCCCGGAGAGGUGGGCGCGCCUCGGACCGCUGCCGCCUAGCUGGCAGCAGCAGCGUGUGACAGACAGUACCGGGACCCCGGGCCCACCUCGUGUGGAGUUCUCUUCGCUCAAAACAGUCUCCACCUCAGAGCACCAUGGGAAGCCCCUGGAAUUAGGAACCACCUCUCUGGAGGACCAGGUGUCCUUGGUGUGAGGUGUGCCGGGAGCCAUGGCAGAGAGCAGCGAGGCCGCGCUGUCGGUGGCCGAGUGGCUCCGGGCGCUGCACCUGGAGCAGUACACAGCGCUCUUCGAGCAGCACGGGCUGCUGCGGGCCACCGACUGCCAAGGCCUCAGCGAUGCUGGCCUGCUGGCCAUGGGCAUGCACCUCCCUGGCCACCGCCGCCGCGUCCUGGCCGGCCUGCUCCGGGCCCACGCACCCCCGGUCCCCGUGCCUCGCCCUGCCCCACGGCCGGUGCCCAUGAAGCGACACAUCUUCCGCUCGCCGCCUGUGCCCGCCGCGCCCCCCGAGCCGCCCCCCACAGCUGGAGAGGAGGGGGGCCUACCUGCCGCCCCGCCCAUUCCACCCCGCCGGAGCUGUCUGCCGCCCGCCUGCUUCACGCCUCCGUCCACAGCCGUCCCGGACCCCCUGCUGCCCGUGCUGCCCCCACUGCCCGCCAAGCGACACUUGGUAGAACCGAGCGUCCCUCCUGUACCUCCUCGCACCGGACCCCCCCACCCACAGGCCAGCCUUCCUUCCAAGGAGGAGUUACUGCUGCCACCACUGUCACCCCGUCCCCACCCAGAGCCUGCAGAGACUCUGUCCACCCUCCUGCCUGCCUUUCCUCAGGGUCCCCUGAAGCCUCCAUCUCCUCCUCCUCCUUCCUGUCCUCCAGCGAUCCCUCCCAAGCCACCCCGCCUGUUCCCUGAGUUUGACGACUCUGACUAUGACGAUGGCCCAGAGGAGGGGCCGGGGGCCCCAGCCAGCGUGAUGACCAAGGAGGAGCCCCUGCCAAGCCGAGUCCCGAGGGCUGUUCGCGUGGCCAGUCUGCUGAGCGAGGGGGAGGAGCCGUCUGGGGAUGAUGCCGAGGACGAGGAUGACCAUGCCUAUGAGGGUAUCCCCAACCUCCCUGCUCCACUUUCCUUCUCUGAUCCUAGUGGCGGGUGGCCCACCAGUGGCCUGAAUCCACCCUUACGCAGCCUGAUCCCUGAUCUCCCACUGCACCUCAUGGAUGAGCUCCCUGGGGGCUUCACCCCCAUCACACCAGUCGUCAAGGCUGGCUGGCUGGACAAGAACCCGCCGCAGGGGUCUUACAUCUAUCAGAAGCGAUGGGUGAGGCUGGAUACUGAUUACCUGCGAUACUUUGACAGUAACAAGGAUGCCUACUCUAAACGCUUUGUCCCCGUAGCCUGCAUCUGCCGGGUAGCUGCUAUCGGAGACCAGAAGUUUGAAGUGAUCACCAAUAAUCGGACCUUCGCCUUCCGGGCAGAGAGCGAUGUGGAGCGGAAUGAGUGGAUGCAAGCCCUGCAGCAGGCGGUAGCUGAGCAGCGAGCCCGUGUUCGGCUCUCCAGCGCUUCUGUGUUGGGAGUUCGAGGCACUGAGCAGCCUGACUGCGCUGGCAGCCUGGAGCUCCGAGGCUUCAAGAAUAAGCUUUAUGUGGCUGUGGUUGGGGACAAAGUACAGCUCUAUAAGAAUCUGGAGGAGUUCCAGCUGGGCAUUGGUAUCACCUUCAUCGACAUGAAUGUGGGCAACGUGAAGGAAGUGGACCGACGCAGCUUUGACCUCACUACCCCCUACCGCAUCUUCAGCUUCUCAGCUGACUCAGAGUUAGAGAAGGAGCAAUGGCUGGAAGCUAUGCAGGGAGCCAUCGCAGAGGCCCUGUCGACCUCAGAGGUGGCUGAGCGCAUCUGGGCUGCGGCCCCCAACAGGUUCUGCGCUGACUGCGGGGCGGCCCAGCCCGACUGGGCCUCCAUCAAUCUCUGCGUUGUCAUCUGCAAGCGCUGUGCAGGGGAGCACCGUGGCCUGGGUGCUGGAGUGUCCAAGGUGCGGAGCCUGAAGAUGGACAGGAAGGUGUGGACAGAAACGCUCAUCCAGCUCUUCUUACAGCUGGGCAAUGGCCCUGGGAACAACUUCUGGGCUGCCAACGUACCCCCUAGUGAGGCCCUGCAGCCUAGCAGCAGCCCUGGUGCCAGGCGUUGUCACCUGGAGGCCAAGUACAGAGAGGGCAAGUACCGCCGCUACCACCCGCUCUUUGGCAACCAAGAGGAGCUGGACAAGGCCCUGUGUGCUGCAGUUACUACCACUGACCUGGCUGAGACCCAGGCACUCCUGGGCUGUGGGGCUGGGGUCGGCUGCUUCUCAGGGGACCCGGCAGCUCCCACACCCCUGGCUCUCGCUGAGCAGGCCGGACAGACGCUGCAGAUGGAGUUUCUGCGGAAUAACCAGAGCACAGAGGUGCCUCGGCUGGACUCGGUGAAACCCUUGGAAAAGCACUACUCUGUCAUCCUGCCAACUGUGAGCCACAGCGGCUUUCUGUACAAAACCGCUUCUGCCGGCAAACCUCUGCAGGACCGCCGUUCCCGGGAAGAGUUCAGCAGGCGCUGGUGCGUCCUUAGUGAUGGGGUCCUGAGCUACUAUGAGAAUGAACGCGCAGUGACUCCCAAUGGGGAGAUUCGGGCCAGCGAGAUCGUAUGCCUGGCAGUUUCCCCUCUGGACAGCCAUGGCUUUGAGCACACCUUUGAGGUGUACACAGAGGGAGAACGGCUGUACCUGUUUGGGCUGGAGAAUGCAGAGCUGGCUCAUGAGUGGGUCAAGUGCAUUGCCAAGGCAUUCGUGCCUCCGCUGGCUGAGGACCUGCUGGUCCGGGACUUUGAGCGUCUUGGGCGCCUACCCUGCAAAGCUGGGCUGAGCCUCCAACAGGCCCAGGAAGGCUGGUUUGCCUUGACUGGCUCUGAGCUCCGGGCUGUCUUCCCAGAGGGGCCCUGGGAAGAGCCACUGCAGCUCCGGAGACUGCAAGAGCUUUCUCUCCAAGGAGACGGCGAGAACCAAGUGCUGGUGCUGGUAGAGCGGAGGAGGACACUGUACAUCCAGGGUGAGCGGCGGCUGGACUUCAUGGGUUGGCUAGGGGCCAUCCAGAAAGCAGCAGCCAGCUUGGGAGACACACUAUCGGAGCAACAGCUUGGGGACUCCGACAUCCCAGUGAUUGUGUACCGCUGUGUGGACUACAUCACUCAGUGUGGCUUGACCUCUGAGGGUAUCUAUCGCAAGUGUGGCCAGACCUCUAAGACUCAGAGGCUGCUGGAGAGCCUGCGGCAGGACGCCCGCUCCGUGCACCUCAAGGAGGGAGAGCAGCACGUGGAUGACGUCUCCUCCGCACUCAAACGCUUUCUGAGGGACCUGCCUGAUGGGCUCUUUACUCGUGCACAGCGCCUGGCCUGGCUCGAGGCCUCGGAGAUUGAGGACGAGGAGGAAAAGAUCUCCAGGUACCGAGAGCUCUUGGUGCAUCUGCCCCCUGUCAACCGGGCCACUGUGAAGGCCCUGAUCAGCCAUCUGUACUGUGUACAGUGCUUCUCAGACACAAACCAAAUGAACACACACAACCUGGCCAUCGUGUUUGGGCCCACGCUCUUCCAGACAGAUGGGCAGGACAACAAGGCCGGCAAGGUGGUGGAAGACCUCAUCAGCCACUAUGUGGCGGUGUUCAGGGUGGACGAGGAGGAGCUGAGGAAGCAGAGGGAGGAAGUCACGGCCAUUGUGAAGAUGCGAGUGGCUGGCACUGCCAGUGGGACCCAGCAUGCCGGUGAUUUCAUCUGCACAGUGUACCUGGAGGAGAAGAAGGUGGAGACUGAACAGCAUGUCAAGAUCCCAGCGUCCAUGACAGCAGAGGAGCUUGCCCUCGAGAUCCUCGACCGCCGCAACGUGAGCGUCAGGGAGAAGGACUACUGGACUUGCUUUGAGGUCAACGAGAAGGAGGAGGCGGAGCGGCCGCUGCACUUCGCCGAGAAGGUGCUGCCCAUUGUGCAUGGUCUGGGCAUGGACAGCCACCUGGUGGUGAAGAAGUGCCAGGCCAUGGAGGCCAUGCUACUGUAUUUGGCCAGCCGUGUGGGUGACACCAAGCAUGGCAUGAUGAAGUUCCGUGAAGACCGCAGCCUCCUGGGGCUGGGGCUGCCCUCGGGUGGCUUCCACGAUCGCUACUUCAUUCUCAACAGCAGCUGCCUACGGCUCUACAAGGAGGUCCGGAGCCAGAGGCCGUGGAGCGGGGCCCCUGAGACCAGUCACCGGCCUGAGAAGGAGUGGCCUGUCAAGAGCCUCAGAGUGUACCUGGGCGUGAAGAAGAAACUGCGGCCACCUACCUGCUGGGGAUUCACAGUGGUACAUGAGACGGAGAAGCAUGAGAAGCAGCAGUGGUACCUCUGCUGUGACACUCAGAUGGAACUUCGGGAGUGGUUUGCCACCUUCCUGUCUGUACAGCACGAUGGCCUGGUGUGGCCCUCAGAGCCCUCUCGGGUGUCCCGGGCGGUGCCCGAGGUCCGGAUGGGCAGCGUGUCACUGAUUCCUCUGCGUGGCAGUGAAAAUGAAAUGCGCAGGAGCGUGGCAGCCUUCACUGCCGACCCCCUUUCCCUCCUCCGUCAUGUCUGAGGAGUCUUUGCAGCUCGGGGACAAGUCACUGUCACCGGGAGGCCUUCCUGUUCAGACACCCUCGUGCUCUGCGUGCUUGGUGUGAGGCAACAGAACACGGGGAAGCCAUACCCACAUCCUGCAUCCUGACUGCAGCACAGGCUCCCUGGCUGAGCAGGAACGGGCUGGCAGUGGGGUUUUCCCAGGAGGGGCCCUUUCCUGCCCUCCAGGCACGCAAUGCUUCCUGACUGGCCUGGCUUACCCAGGGUCACUCUCCUCCAAUUUGUGGGAUUGGAGAGAUGGACGGAAAUCAGGAGCUGUGUAGGAGAGGCUUGAGGGCCUGGGCUCCCACCGGGAAGGAGCCCACCCUCUCCCCUACAGGCUCCCCAGCAGCAGAAAGCUGAACCUCUGAAGGAACUCCUGGGGUGGGUCUGGGAGUGGGAAGCUUCCACAGGAUGAAAGCUGGACUCGGGGUGUCAGCCGUCUUCUAGUGUGUGCUGGCAGGGAGGCCCUGGCUGGGGCUGCCUGCUACCCUUCUCCACUUUGGACACUUUUUGAUAAUAUAAAUAUAUCUGUAUAUUUUA